UUGGUGCGGGAGGUGCGGCUCGUCAUCGGUCCUUCUUUAGGACAGCCGAGAAGCAAAACUCCACAUUUCAGAGUCGUUUCUGACAGGCGCCCCGGCUGCUAGCUAGCGACCUAAGGGCUUAGGAGACCAAUCAACGGGCACUAAUUUGGGCGCUCUCAGUGUCAGAUACCGCGGAGCGAGACAGCAUUGCCCAUGUGCGAUGGAAAAGUCGGCGAGGAUAGGAGAGGCGUAAAAGAGGCCCCACGCUCUGCAUUUCGCUUUCGGAUUCCUGUCAAACUUUCCUUCUUCCUCUGAUUAAGCCAGGUGCAUAAUGGCAUUUCAAGAUAACCAAGGCAAUGGUUCAUACCCAGGCCUUCUCGUUUUGUCAUCUCUGUUAGUAUCGACAUACGUAAUCGCUACUGGAAUCUAUCGCCUCUACUUCCAUCCACUCGCGGCGUUCCCGGGGCCACUCUGGGCCCGCUUGACCGUAUUCCCGUCAUGGUGGCAUACUCGCACUGGUGACCGACACAUCUGGCUGUAUAGUUUACAGGAGAAGUAUGGGCCCAAGUUCCGGUAUCGUCCGGACAGUGUCGUGCUCAACACGCCUGCUGCUUUCAAGAGAAUAUUUGGACCAAAGGGAAAUGUUAAGAAAAGCAUCUACUACGAAGUAUGGCCACGCAAUGUUCACACUAUCAACACUUGGAGCAGCACCAGUGUUGAGGUGCACUCACGCAAGCGUCGUGUGCUGAACUACGCUUUCUCGGAGGCAGCGCUGCGAGAUGCUGAGGUCUUCCUUCAUUCGAACAUUGAUCGAUGGCUGGAACUGAUUGGCCAACAAGCGCCCAAAGCUGGCGAGUGGACGACUUCUAUCAACAUGUGUGACUGGAUGAACUGGCUUGUUUUUGAUAUCCUUGGUGACCUGUGCUUCGGUAAGAAUUUCGACAUGAAGGAGCCUGGAAGUGAUCUCCGUCACAUCCCAGAAGUCAUGGUCAAUUUCAUGGAAAUUCUCCAUCCGAUCGCAUUCGGCCCGUUAGCCAAUGCCUGGGUAUGGCUUAAGCCUCGUGGUCUCGACAAGCUUCUAGAGGUCGCCUCACCGCCAGUAGUCAAGAAGUGGCAGGAUUUUGUUGAGGGGUGCCUUGAGAAACGGUCCAAGGUCGAGCAUGAAUUGGAGGAGAAUCCCAAGCCUGAGGGUGAGGUCCGAAAGGACUUCUUUCACUGGCUCUUCAAGGCUGUCGACCCCGAGACUGGCAAGCGUGGCUACAGCGAGAACGAACUUUUCGCCGAGUGCGAGUUGCUGACUAUCGCUGGAUCCGACACGACAUCUGUCGUAAUGUCUGCGGCUUUCUUCUACCUGGCUCGUCGACCGGAGGUGCAGGCCAAGAUCGCUCAAGAGGUCAAGUCCGUCUUCUCAAGCUACAACGAGAUCAAGUCUGGCACCAAGAUCAUGUCCUGCAAAUACCUGACAGCGUUCCUUCAAGAAGCCAUGCGCAUGACGCCUCCAGUCGCAGCAGAGCCCAGCCGUGAGGUACUCCCUGGCGGAACAACGGUCGGCGAUCACUACUUUCCCGCAGGCCUCCACGUCAGCACCGGUCUUUACUGUCUCAGCUACAACGAGAACGUCUUCCCCGAACCCUUCAACUUCCGUCCUGAGCGCUGGAUUGUAGACGAGUCUGGAAAGGAAGGAUCCUCGGCUGAAAGUGUGGCAUUGGCUGAGAACGGUUUCUGUGCCUUCUCCUUUGGAACCAGAGGCUGCGUCGGAAAGAACCUUGCCUGGCUAGAGAUGCGACUUGUCAUUGCCAAGACGCUCUGGAUGUACGAGGUUCAGGCUGAUCCCAAGAACGGACUUGGUGGAGGUAGCCGACAUGGAAAGCCUGGGCGACAGACGGAGGAUCAAUAUCAGAUCUACGACAUCUUCGUGGCCGGCAGGAAGGGGCCGAUGCUGCAGAUGCGCAAGAGGUAACGUUGAGUGAGAUGAGCCCAUUUGUGCAGGCGGCCGAAGUAAAGCCUGCAACGUACGAUAGUCAUCCUGGCCAGCCAAUUGAGCAUAUUCUGAUCCCUUUGAGAACGUAGUCCGUGUACAACACCACGUGUCGCCAGGUGCGUGCGUGGCUGUGGUGCAAACGGUGGUGCGACCAUUCAGUCCCUGACGAUCCCCCCAAAAAAACUAACAGCCGUUGUGCAUGUACUGCACAUCGUUAGUGGUGUUGUCGCACAGCCUCGCUAGGUGAGGUUGUGUUGUUGUCCGGGGUCACUUCACAAGAUUUGCUGCGACCGUCAGCGCCUGCCCAGAGGACGUCCCUGCGUCAUUCGACUAGCGGUGUCGCUCAGCGAAGCUUCCUCAAGCUCCGAGUCCGGUCCUUCUUCUCCAUCUCCUUAACACCAACAUCAUCGAGUCUGUAUAUUCUCGUAGGACCAUCUUUGUGCCCAAU